UACGUGCACGAGUGUAGAGCGAGCGUGUGAAGGAAGUGCGAAAAAGAAAGAUGCCAUGGUGCCAAUUACACGAUAGUGCAGCACUCACAACACCCAAAAUUGCCUACGUUUAACACACAACAGCAUCUUUACCUCUUCCAUUUUAUACACCAGUAUCGCUCUGUAUUUGUCUCAUCCUCCUAACUGAACCCUAAUUUCUUCUGGGAAACUCUAUUUUCUCUAAUAUGGAGCAAUACUGGUCUGGGAGUGCCAUCAAUGAAAACAAAGGAAUGGUAGAUAAUUUGCAUCGUUAUGGAGUAAUCACAUCUAGAAAGGUAGCUGAAGUAAUGGAAACCAUUGAUAGAGCUUUGUUUGUACCCAGCGGCGGCGGACUCCAACCUUAUGUGGACAGUCCUAUGCCGAUUGGCUACAAUGCCACCAUCUCUGCGCCGCAUAUGCAUGCCACCUGCCUUCAGUUGCUUGAGAAGAAUUUGCAACCUGGAAUGCGUGUUCUUGACGUUGGCUCCGGAACGGGAUACCUGACAGCAUGCUUUGCCUUGAUGGUUGGACCCCAAGGCCGUGCUAUUGGCGUGGAACAUAUUCCUGAGUUGGUUUCUUUUUCAAUCGAGAAUAUUCAAAAAAGUGCUGCAGCUCAACCAUUGAAAGAUGGUUCCCUUUCUGUGCAUGCUGGUGAUGGAAGGCAAGGUUGGCCUGAGUUUGCUCCUUAUGAUGCCAUUCACGUUGGAGCAGCGGCACCCGAAAUCCCCCAACCACUUAUUGACCAGUUGAAGCCGGGUGGUAGGAUGGUUAUUCCUGUUGGAAACAUAUUUCAAGAUUUAAAGGUCGUGGAUAAGAACUCCGAUGGUUCUAUCAGUAUCCGGACUGAGACUUCUGUUCGAUAUGUUCCUCUCACUAGCAAAGAAGCUCAACUGCGAGGUUAGUGAAGUGGAUGACUGGGAAGGCUGUGGUUGUCUAUACCACGUGCUGUAAGAAUUUGUAUAGUUCAAGUUGCUGUGCUUUUCUUACCCUAAAACAAAUGAUUCAUGAAUCAUAUUGAUCAUACAGAUAAAUACUAAUAAUUACACCAUAAACAUUGUCGUCCGCUGUAUGAAAUCUGAAUCUAUCAUUUUAUGUUGAUGGAUAAUUUGAAAUUUUUACUUCGAUGAUAA